AAUCUUAAGGUGCUCAUGUGGUUCUAUAUGUUUUUGGUUGCUGGAUAUCGUGUWUCUUAUAAUCUUAUAACUAUUUUUAUGAUACUGACCAACUUAUUUACUCAGCUCCUGGUGGCACUUAAGGUGCGCUACCCUCAACGGAUUACAAUUCUUCGGGGAAAUCAUGAAAGUCGUCAGAUUACACAAGUGUAUGGGUUUUAUGAUGAAUGCCUACGAAAGUAUGGCAAUGCUAAUGUUUGGAAGAUCUUCACGGACCUUUUUGACUAUUUUCCGUUGACAGCCCUGGUCAGUCGAAUUCUGAGCUUUUGUUAUCUUGAAUUAUAUUACUAUUCACAGGACAUAUCUGAGCAAUUCAACCAUACCAACAACUUAAAGUUGAUUGCUAGAGCUCAUCAAUUAGUCAUGGAAGGAUACAACUGGGGACAUGAACAAAAGGUGGUCACCAUAUUUAGUGCGCCUAACUAUUGCUAUCGUUGUGGGAACAUGGCAUCGAUCUUGGAAGUGGAUGACUGCAAAGGACACACAUUCAUUCAGUUUGAACCAGCUCCAAGGAGAGGAGAACCAGAUGUUACUCGUAGAACGCCUGAUUAUUUCCUAUAAUGCAACUGCCUCUGGAUUGUUGCCAACUCUCCAGCAGCCGAGUGUGUGCUUGCUGGUUGAUGACGAGGUGGAUGCAGAUCCGUGUUGAGAGCUGUUUAUCGGAUUUAAGAAUUAUAAUUUCAACCUGCUAUGCUUUGUUGGUGGUGGUGGGGGGCCAUAAGCAUGUAAAAUUGGGUGGUAAGGCGCCCUUUAAUUUGGUUGUGUUCCAAAACUAUGCUGAGUAUCCUUGACACAAGGCAGGAGCUGGUGACGCUGAGGCAACAUGUAUCAUUUCCCGCAAAACAUGUGGUAUUUUUUUUUUUUGUUUUUCUUUCAUUUUUCCUCUUUUYUUUUUUUUCCUUUUAUUAUUAUGGGGGUUUGUAGAGGGAAGAAGGGAUUCUAUUUUUACUGGGUGCUUUUAUGUCUGUUUAGUAUUAAUUAAUUGGACCUUAUUGAUUCGGAUGGCUGUUUCUCCUUUUUCCUCCCUUAUAGUUUUUUCUCAAUGGUUUGGAGAUGCUAAAUGCUCGACUUUGUACUUCAAAGCUGCCUAUUAGAGCUAUUUAUUUGCUUGCUUACUCCAA